CGUAAAAGGCCAUGUGGCUGCACCUGGCGGUCCUCGGGGGCCUGUUCUACGUCCUGCGCUGGUACCGGGAGAGGCAGGUGGUGAGCCACCUCCGGGACAAGUUCGUCUUCAUCACGGGCUGUGACUCGGGCUUUGGGAACCUGCUGGCCAGGCAACUGGACCUGCGAGGCUUGCGGGUCCUGGCUGGGUGUCUGACGGAGCAGGGGGCCGAGCAGCUGAGGAACCAGACGUCAGACAGGCUGCAGACGGUGAUCCUGGACGUCACCAAGACUGAGAGCGUCGCUGCGGCCACCGAGUGGGUGAAGGAGCGUGUGGGGGACCGAGGACUCUGGGGUCUGGUGAAUAAUGCCGGCAUUUGCACACCCAUGGCACCCAACCAGUGGCUGACCAAACAGGACUUCGUGAAGAUUCUGGAGGUGAACCUGUUGGGGAUGAUUGACGUGACCCUGAGUCUGCUGCCCCUGGUGCGGAAGGCGAGGGGCCGUGUGGUCAACGUCUCCAGCGUCAUGGGCCGGUUGGCGCUCUUCGGUGGAGGCUACAGCAUAUCCAAGUAUGGCGUGGAGGCCUUCUCGGACUCCCUCAGGAGGGAGCUCUGCUACUUCGGAGUGAAGGUGGCUAUGAUUGAGCCUGGUUACUUCCUGACCAAUAUGACCCAAGAUGAGGUGUUUAAUGGAAGCGUCCAGGCAUCAUGGGAUCGUGCCAGCCCAGAGAUCCAGGAACUCUAUGGAGACAACUUUCUUGCUGACUUCAUGAAGGCAACGGAUUUUCUGAAGGCGCCGUGGGCUGGAAAUCUGUCCUUGGUGACCGACUGCAUGGAACACGCCCUGACUGCCUGCCAUCCCCGCAGCAGAUACUCAGCUGGUUGGGACGCCAAGUUGCUCUAUCUCCCCAUGAGCUACCUGCCCAGCUUCCUGGUGGAUCUCAUGAUGUAUUGGUGUUCCCCUUUGCCUGCUAAGGCCCUGUAA